AUGUCCCAACCUUAUCACAUGAACACAUACUGCGAUCGAGACGAGUUCACUAGAACCAGCUCUUAUGGAUCAAACCGCGACACGGUUCUCUCCAAUCUCCGCAACAGCUCCUCCCUCGGAACCUAUUCCAACGCCACGACCGGUCUUACCCCAAACAAAGUCUAUGGCAUGUUCCUAUGCAGAGGAGACAUCAACACAACAUCUUGUUCAGACUGUGUACACAAAGCAACCCGAGAAGCCGCUAAAAACUGCACUAACAAAAAAGAAGCUUUCAUAUUCUACGACAUGUGUAUGGUUCGGUACUCGGAUUUUUCUUUCUUCACACUCGUAGAGGAUAUGUCUAGCGUCACUGUACACUCUCUGAUCCCAUCUGCUAAUACUUCACAAUUCUUCAAUGGAAUACUGCCUGGAAAAUUAAAAGAUCUUAUCCUCAGAGUAUCUUUGUCUUCUCCGAUUCCUUAUUUUGUGGAGGAUCAAGAACGUGUGACUCUAUUGGAAAGGGCUUAUGAUGUAAAGGCAAUGGUCCAGUGUAGUCCUGAUCUUGAUCCAAGAAACUGUACCGUCUGCUUGGGACGUGCGGUCCGAGAUCUCUCCGGGUGUUGUGGCAAUAAUAGCCAAGUUGUUUGGGCUCAGAGCUUCCUUCCUAAAUGUCUCGUAUAUUAUAACAUCUCCGGUUUGCAACCAAACCAACAACCACCAAACGUAGUGAGUCUUGGCUUUAAAAAAGGAGACGAAGGAUUUGGGAGAAUUUUUAUUGCCAUCAUGACAGCUUACGUGUUAGCACUUUUGGGUGAAGGAAUAUAA